AUGAGCGGAAGAUACCUUCAAGGACCUAUUACAACUCAGAGGAGUAGCAAUAUAGACAAUUUGGUUGUUCGUGUGAAAAAUGGGCUUCAGAGUCCAAAGUAUAAACCUGUUGAUUAUGAACAACUCCAUGCAAUUACUGAAGCCAAGAAAUUACAAUCUGCCAACAUCCUCUUAAAGAUUAAAAAACUAGAGCAUGCUUCAAAAAUUAACAAGGAACAAAUGCUGCUGAAACAGCAUCACCAAGUGUGGUGGAAAGAGCACAAAAGAUUGCAUGAAAACAGGCAGAAAUUAGAAUCUGAAGUUCAAACAUUCUUUGAUGAAGAAAAUGAAUAUUUUUUCGACUUGUGGGACUUGCGAUAUAAAUUAACAAAAGGCUUGGAUACAUUUCAAGCAAAUACAGUGCAACCUGUCUGGCAGCUACGAGAAGAUUUAAGGUACAGGCUAUUGGAAAUUCAAACCACCAGCAAAAGUGUGGAAUAUCAGUUUAAUCCAGAUGCUGUAUUAGAAGAGGUAGAGUUUGUGAAGAAACAACAGAAAGCAAUUUUGGAAAAGCUUCAUCUGGAGAGAAUAGCUUUGGAAAAGGAGCUUGAAGAAUUUACAGAUGAAGUGCUGGCAUGUACUUUAGAGGAAAGGACCACACUCGUACCUGAGAUUCCACGACAGUUACUGGAUUUGGAGUGCCCAUAUCCUGAUCUGAAAGCUUCUGUGCUUACUCAGUUUUAUAAACUUGCAGAUAACUACUGUUUGAAGAUUCAGGAGACUGAUCAAGAUUUAAAAGCCAUAGGAAGGUAACAGAAUCUCAGUCCAUGUUUGUUUAAGGAUUAG